AUGAUUCACCUAUGGCUUGCCACGUCCGCCUUCUACUCCGCUGCCCCUCUCCCGGCCUGCCGGUCGCCUCGCAUCCGCGUAGUCCGGCUCGACCACGGCGACAUCGAGGUGCUCUCGUGGCGCGAGUUGCAGCGCGCUUGCGUCGCCGAGGGCCUGCCUGCGCGAGGCAAGGCGGUGGAGCUGAGAGAGCGGCUGCGGCAGGUGGAGGCGCUCCGCCGGGACAGCCGCACGAUGCGCGACCGCGAGGAGCGGCGCGAGCGCGACCGCUUCGACGCCGCGGCCGGCGCCAUCGAGGUGCUGCAGCAGGAGGCGAGGGCCGAGCAGGCGCAGCUCGCCGCGGAGCUGCGGCAGCUGGAGGAGGCUCCGGAGGAGGAGCCGCCGCCGCGGGCCGAGCUGCGCUCCGACGCCGCCGCGCGACGCUUUGAGGACCUCAAAGCGCGCGGCGAGGCUGAGGUGCGCAGGCGAGAGCAGCGGAGGAGGCUGUUGUCCGAAGGCGGUGCGCGGGUGUCUCAGGGCGCGGAACGGCGGCGGAGGCUCUCCGCGGGCACGGCGGCGAGGCCGGAGGAGGCGGGCGGGGUAGAGGAGGAGGCGGUCGGAGGGCGGGAUCGCCUGCUGCCCGCCGAAGCGACGGAGGAGGAGGUGUCGGCGGCGCAGACUCUUUCUCCGGCGGUCGGCUCGGCGGGCGGCCUCGCCGACGGUACGACUGGCGGCGUCUAUGCGAGCUGGCCGCGGCAGCGACACGUGCACGACCCGUCCCGCGAUGUGCCCGCAGGCGCACCAGGCGUGGUUAGCUGCUUGGUCAACGCCUCCAACUCGCUGCCGCGGUACUGUGAACAAUACGAGUCCGUCUGGGCGGCAGCCGCCGCAAACUCUGCCGCACAGCCAAGCCCGCGGAUGCUAAACACUCGCAUCGCGAGCGCACCCAGCGCGCGCGAGGUGCUGCGGCUGCACGCGGAGUUUGGGUCGACCUUCAACGAGGAGGGCGUCGUGGCGUACUGCCACUCUCAUGAUCACUCUUCUUCUAACCACUUUGAAUGCGAGUCGUGGGAGGAGCUGUGGCGCGGGAUCACGCUCGCCAUCCCGCCGCUGCUAAGCAGCUUCACGGCCCAGGCGCCCGCGCGAGCACCGCGUGGGCGCGACUUGGUUGCCAAUGUCGCGUGGGCCUUUGCGGCGGCAGACCACCGCACCGCGCCGGCCCUCUUCGACGAGGGCUUCGGCCGGCACGUCGAGAGCUUGGGCGGCGGCUUCAACGACGGCUCGCUCGUCCAGCUGCACCAGUGGGCGUUGUGGCUGGAGCGUGAGUGCGGCCGGGCUGAGGGGCUUCCGAGCGAGCAGCUGCGCGCGCGGUUCCACGCCGCCUUUGCCAGCCGAGGCGGCCGCCCGUCGCGGCUACACAAGGAGGUGCUGAGCGCGCUCGCCUCGCUCCGGCUCGAGCCGGCGGAGCACCUGCAGACCGACGAGGGGUACACGCUCGACCUCGUCGUCGAGUGGCGGGGCGAGAAGGCUGCCGUCGUGGUUGCCGUCAUGGUCGACGCGCCGUGGCACUUUCACAACCGGCAGCCGACCGGCCAUACGCUGCUUCGGCGGCGGCAGCUGCGCCACUUCGGCUGGCGCGUGCUGCCGCUGCCCCAUUGGGAGUGGAGCACGCUCUACCACUCGGCCGUCGCCGACGACGCGCCGCCGCAGAGAAGGAUGCAAACCUACCUGCUGUACGCGCUCGAGCAGCGCGUCAUCUGA